UGACAGUUCCUUGGGAGACAAAUUUCUACUAAGAGGAAAAAAUACAUUUGUAUGAAUUUGUGUGUGUGUUGGUAACUUGAAUUAAUUGAAUGUAAAUUGCAUUUUAUAUUUAUAAUAUGAACAGUCUUGCUGGAAUUUUUAAAAUUGUGACUACCUAAAAUGAUGCUGUUUCAGAGAUGUGGCAUUUUGAACCUCAAAGAGAAUUGAGUUGAUUUUAUGUAACUUAAAAUAUUGCUGAGCUCUUCACAGGUAUAAUCAAGUCAGAGAAAUAAAUGUUUACUCCACAUUUUUAUAUUUUAUAUACAUAUCUAUCCUAACAUUGCAAAUUAAAGCUACCUUAAAAUGACAUCUAGAUAAAUUUUUGUCUUUAAAAAACUUCUGUUGGCUGUGGUGGCUGUUACGCGUGGAGCAUGGAGGAGUGCGCUAGCCUCUGCGGCUUGGGCUCUUCGCGGGGAUGUCGGUGUCGUCAGGAGCGCCAGGGCCCAGCUGAGACGGCAAAGGCCGAGGGCAAGCGGUGUCCUCAGAAGCGCCAGCGCCCAGCUGAGACGGCUAAGGCAGAAGGCAAGCGGUGUCGUCAGGAGCGCCAGGGCCCAGCUGAGUCGGCAGCGGCCCAGGGCGAGCCGGCCCCGGCAGAGAAGCACCUCGAGGCGGACGCGGCAGCGCGGUGCUGUGCGGGGAAUGGAGGAAUCCCGAGCCCCCGGCCGCCCCCGCACUGCUCGCUGCAGGACCUGCCUGUGGAGAUGCUGGUGGAGAUCUGCUCGCUCCCCGGCACCGAUCUGCCCAGCCUGGCCCUGGUCUGCACCAAAUUCCGCCACAUCCUGCACACCGACAGCAUCUGGAGACGGCGCUGCCGCGAGGAGUUUGGCCUUCGUGAAAACUUGCAGAACCUGGAGACGAUAGGUCCGUCUUAUCGAGAAGUCUAUGCGAAGCUGUUCCACCCAUACAGACACAUUUUGGGAUUGUGGCAGCGAGAUACUGAGGGCUAUAAGACACUGCUGCAUGUCGUGGUGGACGGCUUACGCAUCACUGGUUGGACGUACGGGCCUUGCCUUAACUCCCAUGUGGAUGGCCCAAUGCAGUUCAAGCCCUCGUUCAGAAUUCGCCUGACGGAGACGAAAUCAGCCGCGGUGGAGUGCAUGGAAGGCCGCCACAGCAGGCCCCACAGCCGCCACAUGCAGAUUCGGAAGGACAGGUUCAGCACCCAGUGCAGCAAGACAGACCACCUUAAGGAUUCACCAACGCGGCUUAGGGAGGAAUGGGGGCAGGUGCUGGUGCGGAAGGACAGACUGCGGUAUGACUGCCUGACCUACCGCCGCCUCUACCUCCCGCCGAACCACCCUGACGACCUCAUCAGGCCAGGCCUCUUCCAAAGCAAAUACCAUCGCUUCGGCCUAAUGAUUGCCAUGCUCAGCUUCCAUGGGGAGUAUGCCAGGGUCACCGAGAUCACGGGAAACUACAACGAGACGAUAGAGAUCCACCUCAUGCGCCGCAUCCAGCUGGGAGAUGGCAAGAUCUUCCGCAACUUCAACAAACUCUACCGCGUGGUCCUGGAGAUUGAGGAUCAGGUGAUCCGGGAGCAAGAAGACGGGACUGAGGAAAGCCAGGGCAAUGGCUGGCAGAGCCCUGCCCAGCCCAGCGUCGGGGAGUCCGGGGCUGCAGCUUCGGAGGAGCAGCCUGUUCCGUUUGUUCUGCCUGCGCGCGUGCGCUCAAGACGCCAGAACUACCCCCGAACCUGCAGGAUGUGUUUCUAUGGCGUGAAAAUUGCUACCCCAUGUGGCUCAGGCCACCCCAUGCACUUCCAUGGAGUCUUCAUCCUGUUCGAUGAGAACCACUUGGGGUUCAUCUGUCUGGAGACGAAAUACUUCACCCUGUUCGGCAGAGUCCAGAACACCUUCCAGAAUGUGGAGGCACCAUCCCCGCAGGCCUUCCUGAAGAUGCUCAAGAACAUUGGGUCCCGACCCCGUAGGAGGAGCUUGCAUGCACUCUGAAGAUUGGACCUUCUAACCAGGUUACCCACCUUUGUUUGUUUUUUUAAUCCUCCCCCGGGGAUAUUUUCCCAUUGAUGUUUAGAGAGAGUGGGGGAGAGAGGGAAAGACAGAAAUAAUCGAUGUGAGAGAAACACAUCAAUUGUCUCCUGCCCAAGCCCGGACCUGGGCCAGGCUGGGUAGGGGCCAGCAAUUGAGGUAGAAAUAAACCUUAGACCAGUGGUCUCAACCUUCCUAAUGCUGUGACCCUUUAAUACGGUUCCUCCUGUUGUGGUGACCCCCAAUUUCAUUGUUACAAAUUGA